CUGAAAAUAAUUCAAAUUUCACUAUUUCAAAUAAAAAAUUUUCCAUUAUAAAAUUUUCCUAAAAUUUUUCACCGGAAGGAAAUUUUGAAUUGAAGAAGAACUUGGUCCUAGUCUCCUAAUAGAAGCUCGCCGUGCAGCAUGCUGAUCAAAAUAUGGCCAAAGUUUUGGAAGUUUUAGAGAAUAUUGCAAGUUUAAAAGGUUAGAUUUGCUUUUAUUUGACAAUUUGUAAUGAUUUAAUAUUUAUAAGGCAGUUCUCAAAUUAUUGGUUUGAGUAUUUUAGUGGAAAUAUGUUAAUAUUUAGUUUGCAGUUAUUAACCUAUUAAGUUGCAAUGUGUUCCAUUUUGUUACUUUAAUCAGUGUCGGUGGUUAUUUAAUUAAUGUGCAUUCACCUCUGUGACAAUAUGUAGUUGUGAGGAAGAACAGUUUGGAACUGACAGAAAAGUAGAAAAAAAAUAAUUUUAGUUUAUUUUUUUGCAUUGAAUGUGUACCUGGUCCUUCUGCAGGUCAUGAUGGUGCUGUGUGGUGUGUGGCUUGGAAUCCUUCUGGAACACUCUUAGCCAGCUGUAGUGCCGACAAGAAAAUAAGGCAUGGUCAUCAGUUCAUUGCAUAUUAGAAAAUUGCAUUAAAUACAUGAAUUGUUUUUUGUAAGUGUAAUUAAUUAUAAACUAGUAAUAAACCAUCAAUAAUUUUCAUUCAUACACAUCAGGCUAUGGGGUAAGGAAGAUGGGAAAUGGAUCUGUAAAACCGUUCUGGCUGACGCACAUGAACGGACCAUAAGAUCAGGUGACCAAUCAAAUCAAUGUGUUCACAAUUUAUUUAUUUUAAAAUAUCAAUUAUAUUCACAAAAAGAAAUAACUAUUUUUUAGUCAGUUGGUCUCCAUGUGGGAAUUAUAUCUCGUCAGCAAGUUUUGAUGCUACGACCUGUAUUUGGAGCAAAAAAGAUGACGGUAAUACUACAGCACUUGCCUCUAUGGAUUACAGUAAUUGCUGUCAGUAGUUCAGUAUUUUAGAUAUAGGCAGAUAGUUUGUCAAGUUUAGUUUGUGUCAAAAACACUGCUAUGAGCCAAGGCAACAAUCAGUGUAUUAAUUAAAUUAUGCUAUAUAUAAUUAUCUACUCACCUCACAAUUGUUUCCCAAAGUAAGGAGAGGUUGAAUACAGGCAGUAAUGGUAUAAGUUUGUACAACAGCAUGUACACAGAUCACCGACUCAUAGAAAAUUGGACUGGCAAGCCAAAGUCACUGGUUUCAUUCCCACAGCUAAUGUGGAGUCACUCAGAGAAAAAAAUUUGAAAGUUGUUUAUAUAUGACAUGUCAAUUUAUCAAUUUUGACAGAAUUUGAGUGUAUUGCAACAUUGGAAGGACAUGAGAAUGAAGUGAAGUCUGUAUCAUGGUGUCGAUCUGGGCAAUUGUUGGCUACGUGUGGUAGAGACAAGAGUGUCUGGAUUUGGGAAGGUUGGUUUGGAAAAAAUGAGAACUUGGGAUGGGAUCCUGAAGUCAAGCAAGAUGCCUAGUAAAUUUUAGAGUAAUUUAGUGUUUGUUUUCAGUUCAAGAAGAUGGCGAAGAGUACGAAUGUGCAAGUGUUUUAAAUUCUCACACACAGGAUGUGAAACGAGUACAGUGGCAUCCAGAGCGAGAGGUAUUUGAAGAUUAAUUCAAUGUAGGAAAAAUACCGGUACUACGGCAGUGUUGAAAUAUAUGCUGGACGAUUCAUUUUUGCCUGCAUAAUUAUAUAUUAAGUAUUGUAGACUUGGUUUUCAACAAUUAAAGGUGACCUACUAGUCAUGCUGGUAAACCUUGUGUGAUAUUUUUUUAGAUUUUGGCAUCAUGCAGUUAUGAUGAUACAAUAAAAAUUUACAAAGAAGAUGAUGACGACUGGUACGGUAUAUUAUAACUGUUGAAUUCAAUGGGUUGGUUGAAUUUAUUCAAUUGAUUCAUUUCUCACAGGGUGUGUUUUGAUACGUUGGAAGGUCACCAAUCUACAGUUUGGGGAAUCAGUUUUGAUAGAACAGGCAAUUUCUUAGGUGACAAAAAAAUUUUUUGUAUUUUUUGCAAAAUUUGUAAUAUCUCUCCAAAUUAAUCAUUGACAAAUGAUUUUUUUCACUGGUGGUAAAAUUUUCCUAUCUUCAGUUUCUUGCAGUGAUGAUAAAACAUGUAAAAUUUGGAAAUCAUAUCUGCCAAACAAUCAAGAAGGUAAAUCGAAUGACUAAGUCAAAAAUGUGAAAUAUACAGGAAAACAAAUUGUAGCUAGGCUUUUCUGGCACAUCGGAUCCCUGAGAUAUUGCAGGUUUAAUUAUUGUUCAGGUGGCCAAGAUAUUUGUAGACAGAUUUAGAAAUUUAAAACAAACAUGACCUCAAAACAAAGACAUGCCUUUUAUACAAAGAAAUUCUUUAUAUGCAAGACAAAAAGUUUGACUAAUUUUAUUUUUGAUAAAUUUUAUUAAUUAGGCAUAUAUUUUCAUAUACUAGGCAUAGUAACAAACGGAUCUGACCCGAAGUGGAAAUGUGUUUGCACACUGAGUGGUUAUCAUCGUAGGACAAUCUAUGACGUUCAUUGGUACAGUAUAUGUUCUCAUUUUUUAAAAACUUUGCAAACAAUUCUAGGCUUAUUCAAUCCAAGCCUCUGUUGAGUUCUAUGGAAAUGAAGACUUUUUAAUUUAAUAAUCUAAUUUAAUCAUUUGUCACAAUUAUACAAUCAUUACACAUACUGUGCAUCUACAAUAAACAGAAGCACAAGACAAAGUGUGACUGAGGAAAGGAACAAGACUUGCAUCACAAUUGACCCCAACAUUGUAACUAGACUUUUGCUGAGCUUGUUGCACACUGAUCACAAUGACCUUCAUCAUUUUGUCCAAUCUCUCAAUUUUUUUCAGGUCCAAAGGUUCAAGAACAUUAAUUGCUACAGCAUCCGGUGAUGAUUCCAUUCAUAUAUUUGAAAAAGUAUGUCAAGCAACAACAAAAUCCAUAGUUAUUUACCACUAGUUUCAGUAAGCAUUAUCUGGGCAGCAUGUACAGUAAGAUUGAGCAUCAUUUGCUGCACAAUAGUGUUUAGUGAAAGCCACUUAUACUUAUGUUUGUAGGAUCCAAAUGUGACAGAUGACAAUCAACCAAUAUUUAACUUGGUGGCGAAACGUGAAAAAGCUCAUGAACAAGAUGUAAACAGUAUAUCAUGGCAUCCAACACAAAGCAUUCUUGCUUCUACUUCAGAUGAUGGCACUGUUAAACUAUGGAGGGUUAUGGAAGGGUAGGAGACAUGUAUGGAUAUAAUAGGGACUCAGGUGUUAUGUAAUAUGUACUUGGUACGUACAACGUAAAGUACAUGGGCCUAGGAAACAAUGUCUGCCUUGCCCAAACUGGCCAUGUUUCCCGAAAGUUGGCAAGCCAGGAAGUGUUAUUUCCUAGCCAUAUUUCCCGAAAGUGAGCAAACCAGGGAACAUUGUUUCCUAUAACCAUCUCUCCCCAAAGGUGGGCAAACCAGGAAUCAUUGAUUCCUAGCAAUGCUCCCAAAGGUGGACAAACCAGGGAACAUUGUUUCCUAUAUCCUUGUGGCUUUAAAGGCGGUCAUAUCAGAAAACAUUAAUUGUUUCCUAACCAUGUUUCCCAAAGGUGGAUAAACCAAGAAACAUUGUUUCCUGGCCAUGUUAAUUAAAUUAAGUAACUUGUACACUACAACAUUGAGAAAUAACUUAAUUUUGUCUUUACAUCAAAGCAAGAAUACAAAUAAAUCACAACUUUAAAAUUGUCCACUAAAAUUAAUUGCCAAUAAUGUAUAUAAUUAUAUACAGCCUAUAAUUUCGCUGUGUAAGGUGUAAGCGGUGUUGGCAUAUUGUACUUCAGCUUUGCCGUACAAUUCAUUCUGUAAAAUGAGGUUUUAAAAUUGAUUGCCAAUCGAUUUGUGGUGUCUUUCGUUUCCACUAAUAAAGCUUGGGUGCUUUGUGGCACUUUCAAUAACGGUAAUCGGCGUUUUAAGUCUUUUGCUGGUAUUGUGUCGACUAUGUUUUCAUAGUGCUUGUAAGUAUCCCGUUUUAUUUCUUCGUACAAGUCAUCUCCAGGAUAGAAAUACUAAAAUCAGAACAUAAAAGGUA